UAUCAGUGGUUUAUUGCAGAUAAUGGAACCUUGCAGAAGAGAGGAAAAACAAGCAACAAUUGAUAAUUUGCCUCUAGGGCUAGAUAUGAAAGAAGUGCCAGCUAAUGGCUAUUUAGUUGAGAACCUUUGGAACCAUCCGAAUCAGCUCUCUGAAGAAAUGGUUUGCUGUAUGAGAGAUAUUUUUCUCUUUUUGGCAGAUCCUUCCAAGACCUCUUCUGAGCAUAUAGCUUCACCUUGUUCACCUCAGGGGCACCUCUCCUAUUCGUCUUUGACAUCUUUCUUAGACUCACCUGCUCUGACUUCCCUAGGAAGGAGUCCGUCACUUGAGACUGAUCAUGAUUCUGAGAUCAUUAUAAGAGAUACCUUGUCUGAUCCUUAUAAAGUUCCUGGUAAGUUGGAAUGGACAAAAAGCAUUGGACCCUACAGUGCAGCAGUUGAAGUGGCAUGGUUUUCUGUUGGGAAGAAAGAACUUGAAUAUGCUGCCAUUGCUUUGAAAAGAUUCAGAAUGCUCGUUGAGCAGCUGGCCAGCGUGAAUCCAUCUUGCAUGAGCUGCAAUGAGAAGCUGGCAUUUUGGAUAAAUUUAUACAAUGCUUUGAUCAUGCAUGGAUAUCUAGCAUAUGGAGUUCCCAAAAGUGAUAUGAAAUUGUUCUCCUUAAUGCAGAAGGCUGCUUACACCAUUGGAGGGCAGUCACUCAGUGCUGCAUAUAUUGAAUACAUCAUUCUGAAAAUGAAGCCACCUGCCCAUCGGCCACAAAUAGCAGUAAUUCUUGCUCUUCAGAAGUUCAAGAUAUCUGAGGAGCAGAAACAGUAUUCAAUUGAUCAUCCUGAGCCUCUCUUAUCAUUUGCUCUAAGUUGCGGGAUGCAUUCUUCUCCUGCGGUGAGGAUCUUCAGGCCCGAAAAUGUGAGUGAUUUGCUUAAAAGUUCGUUGCAAGACUACGUCCAAGCCUCUGUUGGCAUUAGUGAUAAAGGAAAACUCUUGGUGCCAAAGUUAUUGUAUUGUUUUGCCAAAGGUGUCGUAGACGAGUCUAUGGUGCCAGCUUGGAUCAGCCAAUAUCUUUCUCCAGAGCAAGCUGCCAUUGUCAGAACUUGUUCAGCCGCUCACAAGUGGAAGCUUCUUGGUGCCAGAAGCUUUUCUGUCCUACCUUUUGAUACCAGGUUUCGCUUCCUUUUCCUGCGGGAGGGCAAGAGCCCGAGUAGUCCUGCAUGAUAGCUGCAGAUAUAAUUAAGGUUCGAUUCCAGUCACCGAAUCACCAACAUAAGAAAAUGGUUUAUAUAAAGGAGGGGUAAACUGUAAAUUGUGAAGCUUCUGAUGAUACCAUUUUAGGCCGUUGAUGUGUUUAUUUGUUAGUUUUUACAGCAGUGGCUCAAAAAGAAUGUGAAGGAGACAUUAUGAUGUACAGCAAUAAUUGUCAAUUGAUAAUUUUUGUAAAGUUAGGGAAGUUUUAAGGA